AUGAAACAGAUAGAUAAAGAAAAAACCGCUUUUAUCACACAAUAUGGUUUAUGGGAGUUCAAUGUUCUUCCACAAGGUAUUAUGAAUGGACCACCAACUUUGCAAAGGACUAUGAACAAUCGUCAUGCUUAUGGACGCUGGGAUUAUGUCAUGGUUUAUUUACAUGAUAUUCUGAUAUUUUCCCGUAGCUUCGAUGAACAUAAAAAACAUUUAAACGAAAUUUUAUCCAUCUUAGCUAAAGUCAACUUCCAAGUUAAUCCUAAUAAAUGUUCCAUUGCUAUUCAAGAAAUAGAUUUUUUAAGUCAUACAAUCAGCGAACAAUGCAUUAAACCUAAUGGUGAUAAAAUUAAAGCUAUUAUUGAUUUACCAGCUCCAAAAACACUUAAAGAAGCAAAUGAAUUUUUAGGAAAAAUCAAUUGGUAUCGAAAGUUUAUUCCUGAUUUUGCUCGCAUAGUUGCACCAUUACACAAACACUGGUCUGAAGAAGUACCCAAACCACAGCGUACAAAAUUUAUUCAACCAUAUAUUUCAAAAAACACUUGUAUUCAAAAUGCCGAUAUCAAUGGAGAAAUUAAUGUUGUUACAACAAGAGCACAAUCCAAACAUCAAGCUCAACCACGUUCAUCUUCAGUACAUACAUCAUCUACAUCAACUACAUCUCAAUCUACGUGUUCUUCUCCAUCAACAGCUAAUCAACUAUAUGAUUUUAGUUUAUCAUGUAUACGUUCUGAACAAGCGCACAAUAUAACUAUCCAACAAAUAAUUCAACAAAUUCGCAAUAAUCGUCAUUAUUAA